CGAGAGAGAGAGUGCAGGUUCUUCAUAAUUUCCCUUGUUAUUUGUUGUUGGUGAUGGCAAAGAAGAAUUGGUUACUGAAGAAAGUGGUGGGAAAGGAAAGCUUUUGGCCCUGGAAACUCUCCUCAGCUUUCAAGUGGAAGCCUCUUAAUUUUCAGAUGAAAAUAGUUGACAAUUUGGUUUUCAGGGUUCUUUAUGUUGUGGAAGCCAUUGUUCUUGUCUCCACUCUCUGCUUCUUCUAUCUUUGCUGUGGCUGCCACAUUUGACCCUUCCUUCCCCCAUCUUCAACUCUUUCAUUUAAUUUUUCGUAUUCAUUCAUUCAACUUUGAUUUUCUUUUUCCUUUUUUUUGACAUGAUAGUUUCUUUCCUUCAACUUAUAGCAUACAGUAAUUAUUUUUUGUAAUUUCUUUUCUUGAGCACUCGGAGGAGAUGAUUGUAACCCUAUGGUAUAUAUAUAGUAUAAUAUAUGAUGAAUUAUUAUAUUUCUUCAUUCUUCUAAGGAAAUGUUUUGAA